GUCCAAUUGGCAUGUUUGGUGUCAUAUAACACCUAUUGCUGUUAGCGAAAAAAAAUAUCGUCAAAUCAAAAACUAUAGUCAAGUGAGUGGUACCUGGAGCAUCAAUCCAACAAUAAAUACCCUUUAAUCAUUCUUCAAAAUAUUAAAAAUAAUAAUAAUAAAAAAUAAAAAAUCUAGUUCAAUUCCCACUGCCCAUGGAGAUCACCACAGUUUCUUGUGUUCUUGGAGUAGCAGCAAUCUUCUUGUUUUAUACAUGGAGGAUUUUAAAUUCAUUGUGGCUCAAACCAAAGAAGAUCGAGAAGUUUCUAAGAGAUCAAGGACUUAAGGGUACCCCUUAUAGGUUCUUGUAUGGAGAUAUGAAGGACAUGAUGCAAAUGAUGAUCGAAGCCAAAACCAAACCCAUGAGUCUUACUCAUGAUAUUGCGCCUCGUACUUCGCCAUUCUUCCACAAAUCCCUUUCCACUCUGGGUAAGAGUAGUUUUACAUGGAUGGGAACAAGACCUGUGGUACAUGUAUCUGAACCAACUAUGAUACGAGAGGUGCUAGCUAAUUAUAAUUAUAAUUUAUAUCAAAAGGCAAGGGGAGGUAAUCCACCAACAAAGUUGCUAGUAGCAGGAUUAAUUGAUGUUGAAGGUGAUCAAUGGGUUAAACAUAGAAAAAUCAUCAAUCCUGCAUUCCACAUGGAGAAGCUCAAGCAUAUGGUACCAGCCUUUUAUGUGAGUUGUAGUGAGAUGAUCAACAAAUGGGAGAAACUUUUAACCCGAAAAAGCUCAUGUGAAGUGGAUGUGUGGCCUUAUCUUCAAACAUUUUCGGCUGAUGUAAUUUCACGUACAGCAUUUGGUAGUAGUUUUGAGGAAGGAAGAAAGAUAUUUGAACUUCAAAGAAAACAAGUAGAAUUAGUUAUGAAGGCUGCAAAUUCAGUUUACAUUCCUGGAACAAGAUUUUUGCCAACAAAAAACAAUAAGAGGAUGAAAGAGAUUGACCUACAAGUGAAAGGUUCAAUAAAGAGCAUAAUCAAUAAACGAGUUGAUGCAAUGAAAGCUGGAGAAGCUAGCCAUGAUGACCUUUUGGGCAUACUUUUGGAUUCCAACUACAAAGAGAUUAAACAACAGGGGAAUAGCAAUUUCGGAUUAAGCAUUGAAGACGUAAUUGAGGAAUGCAAACUUUUCUACUUUGCUGGGCAAGAGACCACAGGAAUUAUGCUUGUUUGGACUAUGAUUUUGUUAGGUCAACAUUUAGAAUGGCAAACACGCGCUAGAGAAGAGGUUUUACGUGUAUUUGGAGAUAAGAAACCAGAUAUUGAUGGUUUGAAUCAUUUAAAAGUUAUGAGCAAUAUUUUUAAUGAGGCUCUCAGACUAUAUCCACCAGCAACAUUACUUAGACGAUUAAUACAUGAUGAAACCAAAUUAGGUAACUUAACCUUGCCAGCAGGAACCAUUAUCCAAAUUAACACAUUGAUUUUGCAUCACGACAAAGACAUGUGGGGUGAAGAUGUUAACGAGUUUAAGCCGGAAAGAUUUUCCAAAGGUGUUUCCAAGUUUACUAAGGGACAAGUUGCUUACCUUCCAUUUAGUGGUGGCCCACGUAUAUGCAUAGGCCAAAAUUUUGCUAUGCUGGAAGCGAAAGUCGCUCUUGCAAUGAUUCUGCAAUGCUUUUCCUUUGAGCUAUCUCCAUCCUACUCCCAUGCUCCGCACACAGUGCUUACUCUACAACCUCAGUUUGGUGCACACAUAAUUCUAUACAAACCUUAGGCAAUGUACCUUAUAUAUUGUUUAAUUAAAGAUAUAUGGUGUGAUUUAUAGGUGGUUGAUCUAUUUCAUAUAAUUAGUGGUAAUGCUUGCGCGUUGUCGCGGGUAUUCAUGUUUUAUGUCA